UUGAUCUUUUUUCUUUUUUCAAAAAACAGAAAAAGAAAAAAAAAUUCCACAAGCUUCCAAACAAAGAGAAUUAAUGGAAAGUGAGAAUUGCAAGUUUUAUUCUCCUAGUUGUCCUCCUUGGAUAUUAUGUUUACGAUGAAACACAAAAUAGUAAUAAAAACCCUUAUCUGGUUAAUGGGUUGUGUUUCUUUUUCUUCUCUUUCUUCUUCUUCUUCUUCUAUUGAUUCCCAGAUACUUGCACAAGCUUAUGGCAACAAUAACUGUAGAUCCCUCUCUCCGAUAUAACUCUCUUUUUACAAUCUUUUCAAUCCAUGGCUGUCUUUGAGAUCAAGAAACACAAUCAUCUAUCUCUUUUCUGUUAUCGGUUUGGCGGGUUUCUUUUGGGCUUUGGGAUAUGACCAUGGUUCCUGCUCAAACUCAAAGUCUUUCUAAACAGCAACAAGAACAACAUAAUUAUCGUCUUUUUUACGGCGGUUAUGGUGGUUGUGCUGGCGGUUAUAAUACGGAGAGUUUUGGUGUUAUGAGCCAAUUAGAGGAAGGUUAUGACUAUUGUAUUAAUGAAGCUAAUUGCAUAUUAGGAUCUGAUCUAGUGGUGGCUAAUCCUAUGGCUGAAGAUGAAUCAAGAACUAACAGUCUUAACGAAGCUGCGGGCUCUAGCUCCAAAGACGACGACAACAACAACAACAAUACUAAUAAUAGUAAUACUACUCCUAAUAAUAAUAAUAACACUCGAGAAGAAGAAAGAGACGAAGGGUGGCUUCAAUUGGGUAUAGGUGGUAACACAAGGACAGCAACCCAUAAUCAAAGCAAGUAUCAACAUCAUCAUGUAAUAGAUCCAAGUGGAGCUACAAGAGGUGGAUUAAUCGAGCUUGAUCUAUUACCAGGAGGCGGUAGCAGCAGUUCACACCAAGGAAGGCCAUUAAGCGCACCAAUUUUCCAUGUUCCAUCCAGGUCGCCAGUAAUGAAUAUUGCAGCAGGUGCUCCUAGUUUUUCUACUUCUUUGUUCUUUCAUCAACACCAGCAACCGGGAAGUGGCAGCUCAAUAUAUCCUCAUCAUCAAGAGAUUAACUGGGCAUUUAGGCAUAUGCCUCAUAAUAUAGCCAUGGCACCUUCUUCUUCAUCUUCUCCUAAUUCUCAAUCCUCUUCUUCUUCUUUGAUGCCAUUGGGGUCAUCGUAUUUUUCGCGACCUUUUCAAGUCCAUAGUAGUGGAGGAGUUGACGUUGCAGGACCAAGCUCUUCAGACUUUAGGGUCAUUGAUCCUCCAAGAAGACCUCAUUCUGGCAUUUGGUUUACUCUACAAGCCUCUCAAAACCAAGCACAAGAACCGUUCCUGCCUCAAAUAUCCAAGAGCUACCUCAGAAUCAAAGAUGGGAGGAUGACAGUUCGCUUAUUAAUGAAGUAUCUGGUUAACAAGCUGAGAUUGGAUAGCGAAUCAGAGCAGGUAGAGAUAACAUGUAGAGGGCAACAGCUUCUACCUUUCUUGACGUUGCAGCAUGUGAGGGAUCACAUAUGGAGCCCAAGAGAUGCAAUCACUUUGCUUCCAGACUCCUCAACCGUCGAUCAUAUCAUGGUCCUGCACUAUGCUAGGAGUCCUCAUAAGUGAUUUUUUUCAUUGAAAAAACAAACAGCAUACUAAACUGCAAAACCACAAAAACAAGAAAAUUAAUAUUUUCUCAUUCUAAUAUAAUUAUCUCUCUCCCUCUCUCUUUCUCACCCAUGUAUCAUUGUUAAGUUAUGAAAACCCCCACCCUUUCUUCUUUUAUUUAUUGUUUCUUCGGAUGGGCUCUGUUAUUUAUUUUCCCUUUUUCCCCAUUUCUCUAAUUGGAGAAAAUAUAGUUUGGAGUACCCCUACCCCCAGAAAUGAUGUACACUCUUUUGGGGUCAAUAACAUAACCCAAAUGUAUCCAAGCUUGAUAUUGAAUUCUUUUUCCUUUUUGCCCUUUUCACUAGAGGCCAAAUUACUUUCAUGCUCGUUAUUAAAAACUCAAAUCUCUCUCUCUCUUCUCUACUAUAUUUCCUUCCCUGUUCACUUUAUUAGUAUCAUUAUCAUAAUAUUUUGGUUUCUUGCUUA